AUGAAUAUAUUGGCAGGUAAUGUUGCAUCAGCCACAUUAUUCACCCUACGAAACAAUUGCAAAUACAAUGUUUGGCCCGGAAGUCUUUCCGGCAAUGGCCCAAAUAUUCUUGACACCGAUCUUUCUUUAAGACCCGGUUCUUCGGCCCAAUCAAAUGUUCCGGCUGGUUGGUCAGGACGUUUUUGGGCUAGAACCGAGUGUAAUUUUGAUAGGACCGGUAACGGCAAAUGUGCUACAGGAGACUGUCUCGGUGGUCUCAAGUGUAUCGGCGGAGGUGCUCCGCCGGUAACACUGGCCGAGUUCACGGUUGGAAGUGCCGGCAACGGCAAUAUGGAUUUUUAUGAUGUGAGCUUGGUAGACGGUUACAAUGUUCCUAUAGGGAUACAUGCAACCGGAGGGACCGGUAACUGUCAAUAUGCUGGUUGCGUUUCUGACCUAAAUGAUAACUGUCCAAAGGAGUUACAGGUAAAAGAUGUUACCGGUUUGGUAGUUGCAUGCAAGAGCGCGUGUGCGGCAUUCAACAGUCCGGAGUAUUGUUGCACCGGGGAGCACGGAACACCACAGACAUGCCCACCUACAAAUUACUCAAAAAUGUUUAAGAUUGCAUGUCCAAGAGCUUAUAGUUAUGCUUAUGAUGAUGCUUCGAGCACUUGUACAUGUUCUGGAGCAAAUUACACCAUCACUUUUUGCCCCACAGAAUCCUCAUAA